AUGGAUGAACUAAAGGCAAGCAAAAAAGAACCGAGUCAAGAUCUAAGACAAGAAGAAUGUGACAAUGUUGAUAUUAUCAAGGAAGCUAAUAUUACUUUUGGAGAUGUUACAACAUAUGUGAAUGAUAACAUGGAGGAUAUGUUGGAGACAAGGGCUCAAAUCCAAAAUUAUGUUGAGCAAGAUAUCUCAAAAUCAACGAAAAUCCUAAAGAAGUUGGAGUCUAGAAUGAUGUCAUACAGGGGUGUUAAUGACAAGAUCAUUGACUACAUUGAUGAUGUAGUUCCUAUUAUUAAUGAUAAUGAAACCACAACAAAAUCUACAAAAACAUCCAAGAAGAAGGCUGAGAAAAAUAAAACUUCUUUGAACCUAAGAAGAAUACUACCAAAAAUUCUUCCACACCAAGUGAAAAUAGAAAAACCUUUAAGAAGAAGGAGGGUAAUCUAA